AUCAUAUCGAAAACGUGAUAUUAUUGUCAUAAUCAUGUGAAGAUAGGAAUGUAAAGCAGAACUUAACCUCCAAGUUAUGGCCUAAUUUAAAUUGAGUAUCCAGCUACUAUAAGAACACCCUUGAGAUUCAGAAUUCAGGACGAAGAGUUGCUUUUUAAUUUAAAAAUUAGAAGUACUUGGAUUAAAUUUAUUCCUUAUUUUAAUUUUAUUUAACAAGAUGCUUCCGAGUUGUGUUAGAGCAGUUUCCAAAAAAAGUAUUUUUCCAAAAAAGUCUUUAGGUAGCAUUUUCGCCAAAAAUAAUUUUGCUACGGAAGCAACUUUUGAAACAAAGCCUUAUCGAUUACACAAAUUAGAAGAAUCACCAUCAACAACUGUAACUUUAAACAAAGAAGAUGCCCUCAAAUAUUAUAUCCAAAUGCACACUAUUAGAAGAUUGGAAACUUCCGCUGGCAAUCUUUACAAAGAAAAAAUUAUAAGAGGUUUCUGUCAUCUUUAUUCUGGCCAGGAAGCUGUUGCAGUAGGAAUAACAGCUGCUCUUCGUCCUCAUGAUGGAGUUAUAACUGCCUACAGAGCUCAUGGUUGGACAUACCUCAUGGGUGUACCCCCAAUUGGAGUUUUAGCUGAGCUCUGUGGAAGAAAAGAAGGGUGUGCUAAAGGCAAAGGAGGCUCUAUGCAUAUGUACACAAAGAAUUUCUAUGGUGGUAAUGGAAUUGUAGGAGCUCAGAUUCCAUUGGGAGUUGGUAUUGCUCUUGCUGCCCAGUACAAAGGAACUGAUGGGGUCUGCAUAGCUCUCUACGGUGAUGGUGCAGCUAACCAAGGUCAAGUUUUUGAAGUUUAUAAUAUGGCUAAACUUUGGAACAUUCCAUGCAUUUUUGUUUGUGAAAACAAUGGUUAUGGUAUGGGUACCAGUGCUGAAAGAGCUGCAGCUAGUACAAGCUAUUAUUCCAGAGGUGACUAUGUUCCUGGUAUCUGGGUAGAUGGUAUGGAUAUCUUAGCUGUUAGAGAAUGUUUCAAAUAUGCUGUAAACUAUGCAGCAAGUGGAAAAGGACCACUUGUCAUUGAAGCUGCAACUUACAGGUAUUCUGGACAUUCAAUGUCAGACCCUGGUACAAGUUAUAGAACAAGAGAUGAAAUUCAAGAAGUUAGGCAAACCAGAGAUCCCAUUACAUCUUUUAAAGAAAAAAUUAUUCAGUCAAACCUAGUAACUCCUGAGGAAAUUAAGAAAAUUGACGGCGAGAUUAGAACAGAAAUAGACGAAGCCACCAAGCAAGCCAAAGCCGAUAAAGAAAUUGGUCUGGAUGAACUGUCAGCAGACAUUUAUUCUUUAAAUUUGGAGCCAAAAAUUCGAAACGUUGAUCCGUUCAGUGAACUCGUUCACAAGCGAUUAGGACCAGCAGUCAAUGCUUAGAUAGGCGAGUUUAAACAAAAUGUUUCACCUUGAAAUUUGUGAAAUCAGAGUUCCUUAUGUAAAAAAGUACUAUUUUGUCGUUUUUUUAUAAUUACGCUAAAGUGUUUGACACUAAAAAUGUGCCAAGUGCACUCUGACCCUUCUGAAAUUGCAAAUGGAAAGAUUAUUAUUUUCUAUAAGGCAUAGUUAUUUAGUAACGUGCUAUUGGCGUUGAAAGCAUCAAUUUCCUGAAUUUGGGACUGCAUACAUUUCAGAAUAACAUUAUUUUGCAUGAUCAUUUUCACCCGCAUCAGAACCACAAACCAUAAUUUUUACUAAAUAACUAGCCUUGUAGAAAUUGUGACAAUUUUUAUGUUUUUUUUUUUCCUGUAAUUUCCGUCUGGUCAAACUAAAGUGAUGAUGUACAUUUAAAAUAUAAUUUUUACCAAUGUUCCCGGAACAAUGUUGUGCAGCUCUUGUUUUCGAUAUUAAAUAUUACCAUUAAAAUACUUCAAUGGAAGUAACCUGCAUAAUGUUUUCCCGGUAUAUCAAAUUGUUAUUUUUUUUAUAUUUAUUAUUUGUUGGCAUUGAAUUAUUUUUAAAAUAGUUCUAAGUUCAAAAGUAUAUUUUUACUGUUACUCUUGGUAGAAACAACCAGUUUGAAUCCAAAAACCAGAGCUUUUCUAUUGUAAAAUAAGAUAAAAUCCUUUUUUGUAAACAAUUUCAGUCUUAUGUAAAUAAAAUACAUAUAAUUUUUAAUAAUAAUUUUACCAAUACCAUUAUU